CCGAAUUGAACGGUCACACUUAAAGGUCAAGCACUUUUUGGAGCACAACAGGUUCGCAGUUUUUCUGGAGAGGAGAGCAGGAGUCAAAAUGAGCAAGGAAAUCUCGUUGGCCACCGUGAAGCAGCACAACAAGGCCCAGGACCUGUGGAUAGUCAUCAACAACAAGGUGUACGAUGUGACCCAGUUCCGGCUCGAGCACCCCGGUGGCGAGGACUCCCUGGUGGAUGUGGCCGGGCGCGAUGCUACCAAGGACUUCAACGAUGUGGGCCACAGCUCGGAGGCGAGGGAGAUGCUCAAGAAGUACUACAUUGGUGACCUGGCCGCUGCCGAUAUCCCCAAGAAAAGUCCCAUUAGCUGCCGCCACAUUGCACUGGCCCUGGGCGCCGCCUUCGUCGGGAUCACCCUGGUCUAUGUGAUUCGCCGCGGAGUGGCCAGGACCUAAUCCGCGGCCGGGGACCUGAGAACCAGCUGCAUUCCGUGAUUACAGAGUCAUUGUUCCAGCUCAAAAAUCGUUUUCCAAUCAUUUGAUACGAAAUAAACUGUACAAAUUGCUAAAACAAA